AUGACGGCGUUUGCGACCAAAGUUACAGAUACGGGCUGGGGUCAGUCACCAUCGGUGGUUUCAGGUACUUUCGCUCCCCAAAAGAAGGUCCGAACUCGGCAAACUGGGACCGCAUGGACGCGCUCAGGUUGCCUAACCUGUAAAAAGCGUCGCAAGGGCUGUGAUAAGGCUAAACCUAGUUGCAACAAUUGCAUCAAACAAGGCCGUAUAUGCGAGGGCUAUGGCUCUGUCUGGGCGGAGCCAUUAGGCCCGUCCGCGCAGGUUUUCAAGCCUAUAGAGUCAUUCGAUUCCACUAACCCGCCGAAAUCGAGGCCAAAAAAUGCAUCAUCAACGUCGCUACUCGUGUCGCCAUCACUGUCGCCACUGUCUGACGCACGGCUAGACGCACAGUCAUCUGUCUCUAUAUCUCCGAGUGCAUCUAUUCCUUCAUCGCCUCGACAUUGGUCAUGUGCGAGUGAUGCACCCCAGAAAUACGAUCAAAAUGAGCAAACCACCGAGGAAGCUGUGAACUCGCGAGAAUCACUGGCAGUGGUUCCACGACCUCGCAAUUAUAUCAGUCACUUAUCAGAUCACGAGUCGCACUAUCUCCAAUAUCACGUUCAACAAGGCUCCCGCCUUCUCGCGAAUCUCGAAAGCGAUGAUAAUCCUCUUCGGUCAUUGCUCAUUCCUCGAGCAAUGUCAUCCCCCCUUCUUAUGAGAGCCGUGUGCGCAGUCUCUGCACUUCACCUUGCAAAUCGUUCCCAGUGUUUCAGCGCGCAAACUGCUUCAGCAACUUUCUACGGCAGAACCCUUAACGGGAUUCGGUCAGUGCUAGUUGAAUCCUCGCCCGAAGCACUAUCGGACAAUGCAAUGCUCGCAGUUGGUCUUCUUUGUAAAUACGAAAUUGUUCGAGGCAGCGUCAAGCAAUGGGUUGUGCAUCUCAACGCACUCCAGCGCUUGAUUGCCACCCGCGGAGGCUUACACUCGAUGGAUCCAGAUGCGGCACAUUUCUUAAGAGGACUAUAUUUAUAUGCGUAUAAUAUGGCGCGCAUCAGCAAUCGAAAAAGAAUCACUGCUGCUGAGCCCUGUCCCGCAGAUACAGACCUCGGCGCCCCCAGGCUUGAUAUCUACAUCGGGUACACAGAGGAGAUCCUUAAAUUAUGUGCACGCAUUGCAGAACUGCCAUCACUAGCAGGCGACCUAGUAUCUCUACGUCUGGCAAUAGCCUCCAUAAAUGGAUCACUCCUUACCUGGUCCCAUACUUCCAUCCCUUAUAUAAUUCCCCAGGGCCUUAAACCCGCAUCCCUCACCCGCCUCCAACUUGUGGCCGAAUGUUUCCGCGACGCAGGAUUCAUCUACCUGCACUCAAUUCUCGAACACAUGAGUCUAAGAUCGAUAGAAAAAAGGGCUUCUGCAAAUCUAUACUACACAGAAUGGGCACCCCUCAUCUUCACGCCAAAAUCCGUUGCCGUUCACCGUUGCCUUGCGCGCGUGGAAACUUUCCCGCUAGACGACCAUUGCGAGUACUCAGCACUCACAUUCCCGCUAUUUAUUGCGGGCGCUGAAAGUGAUGUACUCGCACACCGGCGCCUUGUUGUCCAGUCGCUUGCUAAGCUACAGAAUAAUUUUGGAAUUGGUAAUGUCAAACGGGCAGAGGAGGUACUUGGGAUUUUGUGGGCAAGAAAGGAUGCCAAUGCACUCGAUGAUAUUAUCCUUGGAGAGCCAAAUAUAAAUAUGAAUGCCCAAAGUGCGCAUUGGUUGGAUAUCUUGGAGGAGUUGCAGUGGGAGUUGAUUCUCGCAUAA